UGGAUAACAGCUGUAUAAAGCGGAAAUAGUUAUGAAAUUCAGAAAUUGCGGAUAUGGAGAGCUGGCAGUAAUUCUUCGACAUCGGGAAAUAUGGAUUCAAAAGGUUUCUCCACCUCAAAUUUUUCUCAAACCAAUUCCUCAAUAAUGGGAGUCCUAAGAAACCUCGACCGCGACGAAAAGACUGUUCCCGGAACCAGUGUGGCCAGCGUGGCGUUGCGAUACGGGGACUGUUUGCGUGACACCUCCUCUGCCUCCCGCCUCUCCUCCCGCCGCUUGGGUGUCAUGGCAACGGAAAGAACUGGCGAUCUGGGCCGGAAGCCGGAGAGCUGGAGCUUGGAAGCUAUUACAGUAAAAGAAUGCUGAGUCCGGAGCGCCUCGCCCUACCGGACCACGAAUAUCUGGGGCGGCGCAAAGCCCACCCUGCUGCAGAAAGAGCAGAUCUAGCCCCCUGCGGUUUUGGAGAACUACUUCAGCGAGGGACGAGAUCGAAUCUGUCAGCCCAGCAACAUGUCCUAACAUACAUGGAGGACGCAGUGUGCCAACUUCUAGAGAACAAGGAAGAUAUUAGCCAACAUGGCAUUGCCAGGUUCUUUACUGAAUAUUUCAACAGUGUAUGUCAGGGAACUCAUGUUCUCUUUCGGGAAUUCAGCUUCAUCCAAGCUACUCCUCACAACAGGGCAUCAUUCUUAAAGGCCUUCUGGAGAUGCUUCCAAACUGUGGGCAAAAAUGGUGAUUUGCUGACCAUGAGAGAAUAUCACUGUUUGCUGCAAUUGCUGUGCCCAGAUUUCCCACUGGAGCUCACUCAGAAAGCAGCCAGGAUUGUGCUCAUGGAUGAUGCCAUGGACUGCUUGAUGUCUUUUUCAGAUUUCCUUUUUGCAUUCCAGAUCCAGUUUUACUACUCAGAAUUCCUGGAGAGUGUGGCUGCCAUCUAUCAAGACCUGCUGUCAGGCAAGAGCCCCAAUACGGUGAUUGUGCCAACGUCAUCCAGUGGGCAACACCGCCAGCGGCCUCCCUUGAGUGAGGCUAGCAUGCUGGAGGGAGUGGAGGCAUCACUAUUCUUCCAGUGCCUGGAGAACUUGUGUGACCGGCACAAGUACAGCUGUCCACCCUUAGCACUUGUCAAAGAAGUACUGAGCAACGUUCAGAGACUUACCUUCUAUGGAUUCCUUGUGUCUCUCUCGAAACACCAUGGUAUCAACCAAGCCCUAGGAGCUUUGCCUGACAAAGGGAACCUGAUGCAUGACCCAGCCAUGGAUGAGGAGCUGGAACGGCUGCUGGCCCAGAUCCCAGGCCCAGGCAACUCAGUCACUGCCAGUUCAGAGGCCAGCUGCCUGCCUUCCCGGACUCCUCUCCGGGUUGGCUCUCCCUGGAGACCCCUCCAUCAUGCCCGCAAAGCGGAUGCGGAGAGUGAUGGUUCUGCUGAAGAGACAGAUGAGUCUGAGACUUGAGUCUGAAGGGUCCUGUCUCUGAGCCCCUGGGACUCCCAGCCAACCUCCUCUCCCAUGCCCAUGCCAUGCUGCCCUCUGCUGGUGGAAAAGCCAAUUAACGGCCCAAGCGCAAAAGACCUGCCAGAGGGGUCCCAGUUCUCAGCCAAGCCAAGCAAUGACUGUAAAAAGAUAACAGCCUGCUCUCCCUGGCCUGUUGCGCUUUAGUCAGGGCCCAAAUUGACAGCAGAUUGAGCUGAGGCCACCAGGAAAGUCACUUGACCUUGGCCUUUUGGUGACAGUCCCUACAUUAUCAUCAUCUCACAGCAACUCCAGGGAGAUACCAUGAAUAACCAUGCAGAGCCUUGCAUAGUCAAGAGUGAUACCAGUGACGCAAUUAUUAGGAUAUAAUGAUAGUGGCCUUCUGCUGGAGUGACCACUAGCCAUAAAAGGAUGAAGGGUAGGCAAGAAGGUAAUUUCACUUUCAAAAACUGCUUCAACUCUCCUGUGUCUUAAAUAUGUGAAAUGAAUAAAGUCCCUUGUGUCUGGUAA